AUGUUUCUACCUAUUCGUUUAUACUCAUCCAGAUCAUCAUCAUUAACUUAUUAUCAAUUACUUGACCUAAAUCCAAAUUCGUCAAUUAAGGAAAUAAAACUUCAAUUUAAAAAAUUAUCAAAGAAAUAUCAUCCAGAUUUAAAUCAACAUUUAUCAGAUGAAGCAAAAGAAGAGAAUAAUAGGAGAUUUGUAGAGAUGGUUAAUGCUUAUGAUACUUUAAAAGAUGUCAAGAAGAAAAGAGAAUAUGACGCUUCAUUAAAUCUACAUUCAAAAAGAGAUAUGUCGAAUAAAUAUUAUUCAGAUAGUAAAAAUUUUAGAAAAAAAGGACAUACUACUACUAGUAGUUCUGGUUUAAAUCGAACUCGUCAUCAUAUUAAAUAUCAUAAUGGUUAUGAAGAUUUACAUUCUCAAUUUUCUGGUCAACAUAAAAAUUAUGGUGAUAGAUAUGAUGUGCCACAUUUUGAUUAUGAUAAACAUUUAAAUAGAAAUUUAAAAUUUGAACAAAGAUUAAUUGAUAAACAUUUAGAUGCAACUACUAAAACUAAAUUAUUAAAUCAACUUAAGAAAUCAAGUGGUGAGAAUGUAAGUGAAGAAAUUAUAACUCAACAUUUAUUAAGACAUAUUAAUAGUAUAACUACAAAUCCAGAUAAAUUUCAGAAUACGAAUAAUUUGAAAUAUGGUCAAACUGUAAAUUAUAAUCAUGCAGGCUCAACUUAUGCUUCUCAUAUCUAUCAAAAUCCAAAUGAUUCAAGUAUGUUUGGUGCUUUAGCUUUAAUUGGUGGUGGUACUUUAUCUUGUUAUAUAAUGUAUAAAUUGAUAUUUUAA